AUGUCACGUUCAGCUCGCCCUCGAACUGGUUUGGAACAGGAUAGUGCGCCGGAACAUGUCUCCAACCGUCACCAGAAACAACGAUCAAGUGCUCACGACACGUCGCCUGAUGACGAAGAAGAUGCGGGCGCCUACGAUCAAGAUGAUGACUCGACGCCUCCAACAUUUUGGCGUGCAAGUGCUAAUGCAGUGGAGGCGACUGAUCUGGCUGAGCCUGCAACGUUUCAGGAUGCGAUCAGCGGACCUGAUCAAGUUCACUGGCGUAAGGCCAUUCGGGCCGAGCUCGAGUCGAUGCGACUUCGCGGUGUCUUUCGUGCUGCCAAGUUGCCAAGUAACCAACGCGCUAUUGGGACCAAGUGGGUGUUCAAGAUCAAGCGCAAAGCAAGCGGAUCGAUCGAGAAGUUCAAGGCGCGUUUAGUCGCGAAGGGCUUCAAGCAGAAGUACGGAAUCGACUACACCGAAACAUUCUCGCCGGUGGUCAAGUACGUGACACUGCGCAUGGUAAUUGCGAUCGCCAAGUACUUCGACUGGCCUCUCGACCAACUUGACGUGGUGACGGCAUUCCUGUACGGAGUGAUGAAGGAAAAGGUGUUCUGCAACAUUCCAGAAGGUGUUGAGGGUUACCGGUACAAUCCGAACUUAGCGUAG